ACGUUUGUUCUCGGCACAGAACGCACACCGGCGACACAACACAAGAUUUCAAAAUGGAUGAAGACUCUCUGACUGCACAGGAGGAAAUGAAGGCUUUGAUUGAUAAAAUGGGAGCUCUCAGCAAACAAGUAAAGGAGAAAAGUGAUGAGGAGAAAUACUUAUUCAAGACAGAAGUAAAAAAACUGCAAGAGCUGCUCAGCUGCUCACAAAACCGCGAGGACACAAUGACUGUAGAGCAGACGGAGCGUCUCAAGGCUUCCAUGUACCGAAUGCAAGCCGAGUUUGAGCAGAGGACAAGGCAGGAAGAGACUCUCAAGAAGCAAGUCAGACAGGCAGAAGAAACUUUGGCAGAUCUCAGAAGGCAGCUGGAGGAGAAGAUGCAGCAACCUGGAGCCCAGCCCAGAGCAAAGUGAGUUUGGCCUUGGCUUGACCGAAAGGUGGGGCUGUGGCGUAUUUGUUACGUUACAGCACAUUGGUUUGAUGUUUCACAACAUGCACACACACAAACGCACACGCACACGCAAACACACUCACACAAACAUGCAUACACAUGCAGGCUUACUAUCACAUUCGUAAUAUAAAUGAGCAACAAUAUAAACAAUAAAUAAUCUUAAGCUAGAUACAUAUUUUGUGUGAUGACGCCAUUUAUUUGUUCUACAUGGUUCAUCCAGGAGCUAAGAAAAAUCCAUGAACAGGUACUGUUACUAUCAUUCCACACAAAGAUUUCAUCUUCUCUAUGCUGUAGAGGCAGUAACGUUUUUUGACUUUGUGAACAUUCUUUUUGCCUUAUUUUGCACAAAUGAAGUACUGCUCUUAAA